AUGGCGCUCGAGAAGAAUGAUGCGAGCGGGUGGCAUGACGUCGAGCAGACAUUGACGGCGCUGGAGCUGCCUCCUGUGCCCCCGACAUCGGAUCCGCAGCGACUACUGGGCUAUGUGCUGCACAUUCUGCCGCGCUACACGGAGAUGGAGAUGCUGGCGACGCACUUGCGGCUGUACGCGUCCACACUUGAGCAAGAUAUGGAGCAGGUCAAAGGCCAUGUGCGUCUGCUGAACCGCGAGGCUGCGAGCGAGCGGGAGAAGAAGCAGUUUCUCGAGCGAUACGCGGCGCAAGUGGUCAAGGAGCGCAACGACUUGCUGCAUUCGAGAGGAUCCUCGAAGAAGAGGGCGACGGCGGCAGCAGCCUCUCACUUUGUGUGGCACAACUGCUGUAAGAAGAACACGAGCCAUGCCAUGGACUUGGCGCCGUCCAUUUUGGCAUUUCGGGGCGAGAAGCUGCAGGAAGCAACCAAGCAGGCUGAAGCUCUACAGGAAGAAGUACACAACCAGGAGUUGCUGCGUAAGGAGCUGGACUUCUUACUCAAGAAGACGCAACGCGAGCAUGACAGCAAAGUUGCAGCGGAUCGGAAGCACAUUCAGCAGCUUGAGAAGCAGAUUCAACAACGCUCAGCCCUGCAUUCGAGUCUGGAGAGGAAGCUGUAUGAAGUGGAGUCAGCGUUGGCUAGACACGACAAGACCAAGGACGAAGAGCUGGGUCUUGUCAGCGAUCGUAUCAGAGAGGCCCAAGCCCACAUUGCGAGCUUGGAGAAGGAGAAUGCAAGUUUGCUCGAGCGAGUCAACAGCUUGAGCUUGGACCGCGAACGCUUGACCGAACUGCUCGAAGAGACGACCGAAUCCAAGGAUGUUUUUGCGGACCAAAUCGACGAGCUGUCCGAAAAGUGCCAGUCGCUUGAGUCCGAGGUGGAGGCACUAAGGUCUGAAAUCGAUAUGCUUCAGACUAAGGAUAUCAACGACAUCCGCACGCAAUACGCAACGAGGAUAGACCGGCUGCAACAGGACAACGCCGCCAAUGAGCAAAGGUUGCGCCGGGAGAUCGAUCGUUUGAAGCAGGAGCUGAAGAAGCGAGACGAAGCUCUAGCGCAGACGUUUAGUGCACGACAAUCGACGACAAGGGGCGGCUCGACGCGUCCACUUUCAGGGCAUACCAGUGGAUUGGAAAGCAAUUCCGUAUCUGGGGAUGACGCUAAAUGGAGCGAUGGCAUAUUUGACGAUGAUCGCCAAUUUGAAAGUGAUGCACUCGGUUCCUCUUUAUCAAGAAGCCAGCUGUCGGUAUCGCAGGGAUCCUACGGUUUCUCGUCGUCGGCAGGACAGAGCCACUUUAAUCUUUCAAAGGAGGUUGGGGCCGCCAACAGGAGUAGGAGCCCCCAUGGUGAUAAACCCCGUCGAAGUUAUUCCAGCUCAACCAGGCGAAGUGAAGCUAUGGCGCUGGAUGCUGUUUCCAGAGAUCUUAGCACAUCGUCCCGAGAACUUGGCACGGAAUUACGUGAGAAUCAUGCCAGCGCCAUCGCUAACACUAACGAUGAGCCUUUUGACUGGGAAACUUUUAUCGACAGCGCGUCCGAGAUUUCUAUUCUGCAUGAUGAACACGCAAAGCUGCCUGCUUCAGCGACCCCAAGACCCAUGGAUCUUAGCACAAGUACAAUACGACACGAGAGCAGCAUGGCGAGACUGUCAGAUCCUGGCUUUUCGGGCUCGAGCAGGGCAAGCGAGGAGGGGAAAUUCGAGGAUGAACAGCGCGAAGAGAAGUCAAGCCUCCAUUCUUCUCACACAAUCAAUGGUGCAUCGUUUUCAAAACCCCAAAGCUUUGACGAGCUUGAUCUCGAGUUUGCUGAACACGAGAAAGAGAAGGAGGCUGAUAAAGACACCUCGCUGGGAAAUCGCGAACAAAGUCAAAGGGAGGGUGACGAUACAGCCAAGGAUGCAACAUUGGAGCAAGAGCAGCAAUAUGAAGUCCACGGGGAUGAAAACGCCACGGCAGAAAAGCAUGUUGGGGACUUAGCUCGAGAUUUAUACGAAAUGCUUAACGGGCUCGAGCAGAAGCGAAAGGAAGAAGAGCAAAAGGCCUCGCAAGCAGAGCAGGCGCUACUAGAGUUCCUGCGGUUGCAGCAGGGUGUGCAGACUUUGCAGAUCUCCCCAGACUCUUGA